UAAUCAUAGAAAGCUAGAACUUGAAGACUCAAAACUUGAAGUUAAGAUUGGAGGAAGGAAGAUCAACAAUAUUUGAUAAGCUGAUGACACAAUUCUCGUUUCAGAAACAUCUGAUUAAAAGGAUUAAAGAUGCAAACAAAAAUGUUGGCCUCUCCCUGAACAUCAAAAAGACCAAGUUCAUGAUCACUAAUUUGUGAAUAACACAAGAUGGCAGAGGAGACUGGAGAUGAAAAGAAACUGGUUGCCAAGUUUGAGCUGGAGAGAGAGACUGAACUCCGCUUUGAAGUUGAGGCCUCACAAACUGUCCAGCUGGAACUUAUGACAGGCAUGGCUGAAAUCUUUGGAACUGAGCUAACACGAAACAAGAAAUUCACCUUUGAUGCUGGUGCUAAAGUUGCUGUAUUUACUUGGCAUGGUUGUUCUGUGCAACUAACUGGUCGGACUGAAGUAGCCUAUGUCUCCAAAGAUACGCCCAUGCUUCUCUAUCUCAACACACACACAGCUCUGGAGCAGAUGCGGUGGCAGGCUGAGCGUGAAGAUGAGCGGGGACCUCGGGUAAUGGUGGUGGGCCCCACAGAUGUAGGCAAGUCAACUGUCUGCCGCCUGCUAUUGAAUUAUGCUGUGCGUCUUGGACGCCGACCCACAUUUGUGGAACUGGAUGUAGGCCAGGGCUCAAUUUCAAUCCCAGGCACUAUGGGAGCACUCUAUAUUGAGCGGCCUGCAGAUGUUGAAGAAGGAUUCUCUGUUCAAGCUCCCCUAGUUUAUCAUUUUGGGUCCACCACACCAGGCACAAACAUCAAACUCUAUAACAAAAUCACAUCUCGCUUGGCUGAUGUGUUUAAUCAACGCUGUGAAGUGAACCGCAGAGCUUCAAUCAGCGGCUGUAUCAUCAAUACUUGUGGCUGGGUGAAGGGAUCUGGAUAUCAGGCACUUGUACAUGCUGCUUCUGCUUUUGAAGUUGAUGUUGUUGUAGUAUUGGAUCAAGAACGCCUCUACAAUGAACUGAAACGAGACCUGCCUCACUUUGUUAGAACUGUGCUACUUCCCAAAUCAGGUGGAGUGGUAGAGCGCUCUAAAGAUUUCCGGCGGGAGUUUCGUGAUGACCGCAUACGUGAAUACUUCUAUGGCUUCCGAGGAUGCUUCUAUCCACAUGCUUUUGAUGUCAAGUUCUCUGAUGUUAAGAUAUAUAAAGUGGGAGCUCCCACUAUCCCUGACUCAUGUCUGCCUCUGGGCAUGUCACAGGAAGACAAUCAACUCAAGCUAGUCCCAGUUACACCCGGCCGUGACAUGGUUCAUCAUCUAUUAAGUGUCAGCACUGCAGAUGGCACUGAUGAGAACAUCUCUGAGACCAGUGUGGCUGGUUUCAUUGUGGUAACUGGAGUAGAUCUGGAACGCCAAGUGUUCACAGUGCUUUCACCAGCACCACGCCCAUUGCCAAAGAAUUUCCUGCUCAUCAUGGACAUUCGUUUCAUGGAUCUCAAGUAGUGUCCAGACUGGAAAAGCUCCACCAAGUUCCUAGUAGCUCUUUUACAAAUAAAAUUACAAUUUUAAAUGGAAUAAUUGCUAUACAGAAUGGAGAUGACAAAAAAGAGGUAUAAGAAUUGAGUACAGAAGUUGAGUCAUUUGAAAGGGAAAAAAGUCAGUUCUGUUUUUUUAUCCGUCAUUAGAUAAAAUUCUCAAACCUGAAUCUCAGAAGAUUCAUAGAUUUUGGCUCACGAACAACUAUAUUAGAUAAAAUAGUUGCAGACUUCAGAAUUAUUUGGUUUGCAUUUUUACUUGAGCCUCUUUUUCUGAAACUGGGAUUCUGCCUAAUAUGUUCAUCAUAAGGCUUCCAUCAUAAAUGUGUAAGCAUGGAAGUCGUUAGUGAUAUACAUUUUGAAGGAUCCAUCUAUCAAUGACCUCCCCAUAUUGAUGGAGAAUAUUUGAAGAAUAGAUAUAUUUGCAAUCUGCAGGCCAAGUUAGAAAAUUUUAUAGGAUUAGAAAGUGUAUUUGCACAGAGGUUCCAAUUUUUUAAAUCUACAAUUGUAGUUUAAGUUAUUCUCCAUUUUGAGGAACCUGGAGCGGUUUGUGAUUCCAGUUCCCUUCAUAUUAAAGACAUUUUUAAAUCAAUCUAUUUCAAUAAAUCACAAAAAUAUGAGUAGUAUAUUUGUGGCCCUGUCUAUGUAACACUAUGAUGUCUAGGUCCUGCAAGAACUGAAUUUACAAAAAGUGGUCUUACAAUCUUGCAAGUUAUUUUGCCUUUAUACUAUAUUAGUGCAAAGAGAAAGUUUCACAGCAAAAACCAUGAAAACACAGAUUUCACAAGGCUCAAGUAGCCAAGAUACUCCUAUUUGUCCCUUCUUUCCCCAAAAAAUCCUUUCAUCAUCAGAUGAUUCAGGAUUCCCUGCUGAUCCACUGGUAAUUCUUAUUUACUGAACUUCAGCACCUUUAAAACAACUCUUGACAAAAUGCUUGUUCUUCCCAGAUCUCAUUAGAUAAAACUCGCUAUUCUGUUAGCAAAGAUAACUUUAUUUAGCUAUCCAGGUGGGAGGGAAGUCCAACAAAUAAACAACUUUAACUUGG